AAAAAUCCAAAUGUUAGAAAUUCGAUAGGCUUGAGGACUCCAAAUCUAUCAUCAGAUAGCUAGCAAUAUAUAAUUAACUCACCUGCAACCAGGCAGCGCUACGCUCACCCAUUUGAUUUACCCGCACAGCACACAGCACAGAAGCGAGUCAUGCGACCGGUGGCUGCCAGCUCUCGCCGCUGCCGCGCGCGGGCCAGGCGACCGAACUAGCGGCGAUUCCAGCAACAACCCACGAUCCAAGCCCGGCGAUUCCUUCCGCCGCAGCAAAAUGGGUGCUGGAAGGAAGACCGAGACAUUAAUUCCUGCUCCACCAUCUCAAAAUCGAACCAAUGCAUGGUAUGGGACCUAUUCUGUUGCUACGCGUAAUCUCCGGGCAGAUCAGCUAGGAGGAGUGAUUUUUGGCUGCAAACACAACAUGAUCAAUGAAUGCCUCUCUAAACAACUCUUUGGUUUGCCAUCAGGCCACAUCUCAUAUGUGAAGAAUGUUAAACCUGGCAUGCCUCUAUUUCUAUUCAAUUAUAGUGACCGAAAAAUGCAUGGAAUUUUCGAGGCUGCAUGUGCUGGCCAGCUUAACAUUGACAAGUUUGCCUGGAGUGAUGAUGGUAGAAUAAAGACACAAUUUCCUGCACAGGUCCGCAUCUCUACCAAGACUCAGUGCCUUCCGGUUCCAGAGUCUCAGUUCAAAAGUGUGAUCAGUGAGAAUUAUCAUAAACUUCGGCACUUCUACUUCGAGCUAGAUCAUGCACAAACAAGAGCUUUAAUAUCUUUGUUCAAGCCUGCCCCUGCUGGUGAUGUUCCAAACAAAUGGAGUCCUUCCGGAUCUGUGCCAUUUCCUACAACCAAAGCAUAUCUUGUUCCUGGUCAAGUGAAGUCAGAGUCCUACCCAAAGGAUUUUAAUCAACGUGGUGUUUCUUCUGAUUCUCGUUUUAUAGCUCCUUACAAUUUGGUUCAUCUGGAUGGUGAAUAUGCUAGCACUAGCAGAACAUCAAGGAUCAACCUUGACGAGGAGGCUUCUAACUGGGAUGACUUGGAUCAUGCUGCAACCAAGGAAGGAGCUGAAUCUGUUAAUGCUGACCUUCAACAUACCAAUUCAGUGCAUGAAAAACAACAUGACAGAGUGUCUGUUAGGCAGAAAUUGCAAGAGAUGUUUGUUUCACAGGAGGAGGCCCGAUCCUCCAAGGAUGAUGUUGAUUCUGCUUCAGAUAAACCCACAUCUCAAGAAGCACAAUUCAGUGCCACUCUCCUCACAAACACAUCUGAGUCCACCUCAAAGGGUGAUGCACCUAUGGAAGGCCACACAUUGUUAGGGCAAAAUGCUGAGCUGCUUCACAUCAUCAAUGAAUUAUCCAAGAGGACGGAAGCAACGGAGAAAAAGCUGGUUGAGUCGGACCAAGAAAUACUGUUUCUGAGGGAAUCAGUAAAGGACACUGAAAGAAGAGUUCAGCAACUGGAAUACCAGAUUGAAAAACUACAACCGAACUAUAACUCUUCAGCCUCACUCCUUGGUAGAUCACAAAAUGAUGUGGGAGGGCCAUCUAUACUCCUAAUAGGUGGCUACAGGGGCAGUACCUGCUUGUCAUCACUCGAUUCCUUUUGCCCUACAACAGACAGACUAGUUCCUCUAAGGCCAAUGAGCUCAUCCCGUGCAUAUGCAGCUGUUGCUGCAUUGAAGGAUCAUAUCUAUGUUUUUGGUGGUGGGGAUGGCAGUUCAUGGUGUCGCACAGUGGAAUGUUAUACCAAGGGGGGAAAUGAAUGGAUAACAUGCCCCUGCUUGAAACAUGAUAAAGGAAGCCUUGCUGGAGCUACUUUGAAUGAUAAAAUAUUUGCUAUUGGUGGGGGAGAUGGGUCUACAGUUUUUUCAGAAGUUGAGAUGUUUGAUCCAGCACUUGGGAGAUGGAUAGACAGUCUGUCUAUGCGGCAAAGUCGGUUUACCCUGGCUGCUGCCGAAUUAAAUGGCACUCUCUAUGUUACCGGUGGUUAUGAUGGCAACACGUACUUACAAUCAGCAGAAAGGUAUGAUCCAAGGGAAGGUUUCUGGACCCUACUUCCAAGUAUGAGGGCAAGAAGAGGAUCCCACUCGGUAGCUGUCUUGGGGGAAUCCCUAUACGCCGUGGGAGGGCACGAUGGAAACAGCAUGGCUUCCACUGUAGAAAUCUAUGACCCACGUGCCAAUUCAUGGAGGAUAGGCAGCCCAUUUAGCGCCGCAAGAGGAUAUGGAUGCGCAGUUACAGUGAAUGAUAAUUUGUACCUCAUUGGUGGGGUCAACGAUGCUGGAGAAACUAUCGAAACUGUGGAAGUUUACAAUGAGAGCCAAGGCUGGUCGAUCUCAGGUUGCGAGGCAAUAGGAAGGAGGGCCUUCGCCUGUGCUAUUGUCGUUUGACAGGACUGCAGGUCUCAUAUCCUACCAAAUUUCUCCCGAGUUAUGAAUCUGCCCUCUUUCCGGUUCUGUACAGGGCAAUACCUCGGUCAGAGUAUACCGCGUCCCCUCUGUACUGUCAUCUGUUUUUUGUGCAUGUCUCAGAACCAACAGGUUUGACAGCCAUAGACACCACCAGGGUCUAUGCCCACCCGUACUUGUACAGGCAUUUUGUUGUUGUUUCUGUCAGUUUUGAGAAACUACACAUGACAGGCGAUAGGGCGUUAGAUGUUGCGGGAACAAAUUGAGUUUGUUCAGACUUCAUGGGUCACUUCGGAAGUACGAAUGUUCGUACCCAGCUGUGUUACAUUUUAAGCAUCUUUCCGUCCUCUGUAAUUGCCGAAUGCUGAUAGCCAUCUAGCUAGCUCUGGCUGCUCUAUUUGGGAGCCGGUGGAUAUGAUAAUUGUAAACUUGUAGUGGAGGCUUUUGGACGUU